AUGGAGAAAGAACCGUUUAUCAUGGAACAGUCCUUAAGUUGUUCCUCGGUAAACAAUAUUUCACACUACUUUUCUAACUGUCUGGCUGAAUGUGAUUUUCUCUUUGGGAAGGCUACAGUGGCGGCCUUUGCAGCCAGUGAGGGCCACGCCCACCCGCGGGUAGUGGAGCUUCCAAAGACAGAAGAGGGGUUGGGCUUCAACAUCAUGGGUGGCAAAGAACAGAACUCUCCCAUCUACAUCUCCAGAGUGAUUCCUGGGGGCGUGGCUGACCGGCAGGGAGGGCUGAAAAGAGGAGACCAGCUGCUGUCUGUCAAUGGCGUGAGUGUUGAGGGAGAGCACCACGAAAAGGCCGUGGAGCUACUGAAAGCUGCUCAGAGUUCAGUCAAACUGGUGGUUCGAUACACUCCCAAGGUCCUGGAAGAAAUGGAGGCUCGAUUUGAAAAGAUGAGGAUUGCCAGAAGACGGCACCAGCACACCAGCUACACAUCCCUGGAGACCAGGGGGUAGCUGACCUAACCUGCUGUCUUCUCUAGUUGGAGGCGAGACCUUAAAGAAGAAGGACCAUACCAAAGUAGUUGACCAACAGCUGUUACAUGAACAUCUUACUGCAGGAAGGUACUGUAGAGCAGAUUCUGAUUUUCUUCCUUCCUCUCCCAGUACUCUGAAUCUUGUUCCACUAUGCCCCUGUAACAUUUAUUAGCUUACAGAAGGAUAACAGAUGAGAUACAAUGUAUUGAACUUGCUGUUUCUCAUUUUUAU